AUGCAAAUCUCCAAUGAAGACAUGACAUUCAACAACUAUUACCUACAAAACCUUAGCAACCAACCAAUUGAUCUUUCUGUCACCAACAUGACAAAAACAUUAAACUGUGACACUACUACUACAACCUUAAGCCCUACAAACUCAUCAUCUAGUCAUGACUUUAGCCCCAAAAACUCUAGCAUGAAGAAGCCAAUCCGAAGAAGAUCUCGAGCAUCCAAAAAAACUCCUACCACUCACCUCAGUGCAGAUGCCUCGAAUUUUCGAGCUUUAGUUCAACAAUUUACGGGGUGUCACACCGCUAAUACUUUCUUGGGAGCUCAUAAAGGUCCUAUAAAUUUAAACUUUGGAUUAGACGAGAACGAAGAUUUUGAUGCAGAUAAUUCAAUUACUGUGUCUUCAUUUGGAUAUGAUUGUUACUGCAAUCCUAAGGAACAAAAGCAGCACAAGGAAAAGAAAGUGGAAGAACAAAAGUGUAUGUUAUUAUCAGUUGAUGAAAAUAGAGUAAUUGGUUCAACUUCAACGACCAAUAGUAGCAGUAGCCCUACGAUGGAUAUUAUGAACUUUAAUGAUUUUGAAUUGGACAAUCUCUGUCUCAACGAUUUCACUGGGGACUUAAUUACUUCUACUGAUGAAAAUAUUUGGGAUGAUGGUUAUCUAUUUUAG